AUGAAUCAAUUCAAGCAAAAGAAGCGUGGAGGGGAAAAGGGGAAAGGAGGAAAGGAGAAGCACGGGAUCAGAGAGACGUGGAGAUGCGCGCAGAACGUGCGAUUUCAGCUGGUAGAGAACCCCGAGGACGGUACACUGUGUCGAGAAUUGGUCCGCUCACGAUUGGACGGUGUGAUGCAGCCUGGCCGCAUCCGGGGCGAAAAGGGCAGCAGCAUCAAGACUACGAAGAUGGAGUGA